UUUCACUAGGCUUUUAGGUUAGUUUUGCAUUUGAUUCAAGUUUGGGUAUAUGUUUGGGAUUAAAAUCAAGUUGUGGGUUACUUUUGGCAAAAACCCCAAAAAACCAUUAGUAUUGAUUGACCUCCGAAUUUUAAAGAAUUAACAUAUAAUUUACAUAUAAUUUUAUGUCUUUAAGUUAUGAAACAUUAAGGUUUACAAUAAACUAUUUAUAGCUAUUUAGCAAAAAAAAAAACUAUUUAUAUAGCUUUUUAAAUCUCAGUACUGAUCCUAAAUGCAAUGCGUCGAUUGAAUUAUAAGCCACAACAAUAAUUUAUGUAUAAACCUGUCCAGUUUUGGUCCGUUUUGGUGGUUUGUUUUGAUUUUAUUUUUAUUGUCUUCAUUCAUCAGUCAGAUUGUAAAAUUAAAAAAAAAAGUAGGUACGGAGACCUUUAAAAAAAUAUGUAUAUGUCAGCGCUAUAACCAAAUUGUAUUUUAUUAUUAGACGUACAAACCUUUAUUUAUUUACCAAAUGCCGACAAAACUUACAAGAUUUUUUUAUAAUGAUAACAUAGACCAAUCUUAAAAUCUACAAAAAAACUUUAAUUUAGAUUCGAGCAACCAGCUUUGGAGGUCAUAACGUUUAAUAAAAUAUGACGCUGGUACCAAAGCUGGGGGUGUAACCGUGUAAGCGUGAUCGAUCCUCGAUGUAUAUAUAUAAAGGAAGAAGAAAAGAAAGCGAAAUAUUUUUCACUACUAGUUUUCGAGAGGUAGAUAUAAUCGCCCUAGCCCAACAUGCAGAGAAUCUAACGUUUCAUCCUUGUUUAUUUUUGUUUUAUAAUACAAACAGAUUAGCCCGAAUAUUAACAAGUUCAUCAAUACAAUAGAACAUAUGGAGACUCCACUUUCAUCUAUACCGCAACUAGUCCCAAACCUCACUUCAGCUACAAUGGUUGAUGGGACGUCCCCACGUGCUAUUGCUCUUGAUACGGAACUACUUGCGUCCGUCCCAGACACUAAGCUUCGCCUCAUGUGCAGCUUUGGCGGCCACAUCAUGCCUCGUCCACACGACAUGGCCCUAACGUACUCCAGCGGCGAGACACGUCUAGUUGUUGUUGAUCGACGCUCUUCACUAGCCUCGCUCAGAUCUCGUCUCUCUAGUAUGCUUCUCAACGGCCGGUCCUUCACACUCAAGUACCAGCUCCCUAACGAAGAUCUUGAUUCUCUUGUAACCAUCACUACCGAUGAAGAUCUUGAGAACAUGAUCGAGGAAUACGACCGCGCGACGUCAUCAGCAACGACGAGUGCAACGCAUCGGAUACGGUUGUUCCUUUUUGCUAACAAGCUUGAGACGGCUGCUACGAUGGGAUCUUUGCUUAACAGUGCAAAGUCGGAGACGUGGUUCGUUGAUGCUUUGAAUCAAUCUGGUUUGCUUCCUCGUGGUUUGUCGGAUUCUGCCGCUGUGAACAACACCUUGGUGAAUCUUGAUGAGGGGACCGGAGGAGAGACCGAAGUUCAAGAACUAGAAACUGAUGUGGGUGGUGAGAACAAGCGAGGAGAUUAUAUCACAAACGAUGUGAUGUUUCAUCAGGAGAUGCAUAUGAGUUCGAUGCCUGAUUCACCUAUGUUGGAACCCACCGGUGGUUCUUCCUCUUCCUCUCCUUCCACUGCUAACUUACCACCGAUCCACGUUAGAGUCAGCGAAGAACAGUUUGCUCAUCAACCAAUGAUGGGGUAUAACAAUGCACCGAUUGAUAAUGUUACUGCCGUAAGAAAUGGUCAGGCUUCAUCGGAUGACGAUCGAUCAGAUCCUAGUGUGAUGGUUGGAUACAAAAAGCCACCGUUGCCGAUGCAACCAUUGCUGAUCCCUCUCCGGGGUGCCGGUGGGUAUAGCUUGGCAUCUCCUGAUUCUAUUGCAAGUGAUACUAGCAUUUCUUCUGCUACUUCAUUUCCGAAGCCGAUGUACUACCAAGACCAACCUCCAGCCAUCCCAAAAGCCCCGAUAACACAUCCUGAAACAACAUUGGUCCAAACCAGUCACGGCAUACCUCUGCAUGAAACCACUUCAGUCCAAACCACAUCACAUGUCAUAUCCCAGUCAGGUACAUACACAACUAUGGACCAACAACACCAACUCCAGGUUCAACAACCUCUCUUACACCAAGGUGUUCAGUACAUCCCUCAUCCAUCACAAUACAUCCCGGUCUACUCUCACCAGCAGCAAAACUAUCCGGUUUACGUAAUGUCCGUCCCGCAAUCUCAACAAUAUGUCCCAUCAAGAACUCCUCCGCUCUGCCCAAACGCAAGACCUGAAGCCGGUCAAAACGUUUACCAAGCUGUUAUAUCGCAAAACCCUCAGGUUCAUCAGAUUCAGCAACAGCAAUUGCAACAGCCUCAACAUCAAUACAUGAGUUACUCUGGAGGUCCUCUGGAGACGAUGUAUUUCCAUGCACAACAUCCUCCUGUUAGCAAUGCUAUUCCAUUGGUUUCUCCGUACCAAAGCAUGACACCUGCGGCAGCCGCAGCCGCUCUAGCUGAUAUGUCCAAGCAGAUGACUCUGGAUAACGACAAAGAACAACAACAUAUUGCUGCGUCUCAACUGCUUUAAACACUAAAUAGAUGUUGCUUAUCACGCAUAAUUU